GAUUGUUCUUUCUCUUUUCGCCAUAGGAAUAUACUAACAUCCAGCCAGAGGUCAUUCAGAAUUUCAGACCUCCCUCGUCAACAUUAUGUCCAUCUCGAUGAAUUAAAAGGCAAAAAAACGAAACAUGAUUACGAUUGUCAGUUACCCAAAGAGUGUUUGUGUCUCCAAGUGUUUUUCGGGUCCGCUGGAAAAAUUAUAGUGAAAACUGUGAAAUAGUGGAAAUUGGAGGCAGAAUGGCUCUUGCAUCUUUACGUUAUAUUAUGACUGGCAAGAAUCGACUCAUAUUGCAACGAGUGUACGGGAAGGUUGUCAGUCGUCCCUACUCGAAUAGUAAUCAGCCGGAAAAGACCGCAUUGUAUGAUUUCCAUGUGAAAAACAAUGGAAAAAUUGUGAAUUUCGCCGGAUAUUUGUUGCCGGUCCAGUAUAGUGAAAUGUCGAUUGUUGCAUCUCAUUUGCAUACCAGAAAGCAUGCAUCGCUUUUUGAUGUGUCCCACAUGCUGCAGACUUAUAUUCGAGGGAAAGACUCCAUUGAAUGUUUCGAAACGUUAUGCCCAGCCGACAUUAAAAACCUAAAGCCACAUUCUGGCACAUUGACAGUUUUCACCACAGACAAGGGUACUAUAUACGAUGACCUAAUCGUUACUAAAAUUUCAUCUAAUUGUCUGUAUGUGGUUUCGAAUGCAGCCAUGAAAAAGCAAGACAUAGAAAUUAUGCAGAAUGCGAUUUCCAGUUUCAAAUCCAAAGGAAAAGACGUAACAGCCGAGUUUCUCUCACUUUCUGAACGAUCUCUUCUUGCUGUUCAAGGACCAACCGCCGUUAAUUCAAUACAAAAUUUAGUACCCACGCAGGACCUGCAGAAUUUGUUCUUCAUGACAACGGUUGAAUCGGAACUGGCUGGUGUGAAAGGAUGUCGAAUAACAAGAUGUGGUUAUACCGGGGAGGAUGGAAUAGAAAUAUCAGUACCUUCUGAUCGAGCAUGCGAGAUAGCUGAAACUGUACUGAACACGGGUGACAAAACUACAAAGCUAGCCGGACUAGGAGCACGAGAUUCGCUGAGACUGGAAGCAGGUCUUUGUCUAUAUGGAACAGACAUAGACAGGACAACGACACCAAUCGAGGCAGGUUUAAGCUGGCUCAUAGCAAAACGACGUCGAAUUGAAACAAAUUAUCCUGGCGCGGAUAUCAUCAACCAACAAUUAAAAGGUCAGAUCAGUACCCGCCGAGUAGGCUUUCGGAUGACUACCAGCGGGCCGGCUGCUAGAUAUGGAGUGGACAUUUGUAUAAAUGGCGAGAAAAUCGGUAGAGUAACUAGUGGCUGCCCUAGUCCAAGUAUCGGAGCUAACAUCGGCAUGGGCUAUGUCCUUGAGGAACACAAGAAGCCCGGAACUGAAAUCCAACUGAAAAUUCGCGACAAACUCUAUCCUGGAAUUAUAGAAAAAAUGCCAUUCGUGAAAACAGGCUACUACCUAGGUGCUAAGGGAAAAUGAUCAAAGUAAAUAAACUUUUUCCUAUUU